AUGUCAUGGGGAUGGAGGAAAAUACUUCAGAUUCGCCCUUUGAUAAGAAGGUUUAUGUGGUAUAAAGUGGGAGAUAGGAAUUCAGUGUCGGCUUGGUAUGACAAUUGGUGUACGCAUAGUCCUUUAGCAGAGCAUUUAACUACCAGAAUGAUUUCUCGAGCUGGUUACAAUUCGUCUACUAAAGUUGCUGAUCUGAUCUCUAAUGGCUCGUGGACUUGGCCUAGAAGCCGGAAUAACAAAUUUCCUAAUGCAAGCAUACCAAGUAUUGAUUCUAAUGUUAGGGAUGUCGUAUUUUGGAGAGAUAAAAAUGCCGUUGAUCAUCAUUAUUCAGUUGGAAUUGUUUGGGAGGAUAUUCGUGUUAGGGAGCCAAAGGUGCCUUGGUGUCAUGUGGUCUGGUUUAACCAUAAUAUUCCAAAGCAUGCAUUUCUUCUUUGGCUCGUUAUUAAGGGCAAACUGAAAACUCAGGAUCAACUAAGAUCAUGGGAGAUAAAUGGAGUUUCUCAAUAUGAGCCUGUUUGUUCACUAUGCAAGAUGGAACGUUUGGCUAAAGGUUCAAAGGAAAGCAGUAAUCCAACAACUACCUAUAUAUUGGGAUUUGAUAUUGGCGAGUCAAAUUUUAGCAAGUGGUACCCGUUCUAUGGAUAG